AUGACGUGCUUGGACAGUCAGCUCCAAGAACUUCAGCUUAUCCAACACUCCCUCCUUCCCGGUGAAUCAUUCUCCUUCGUCCUCCCUCCAGAAGAUUCUAGAAUAUGGACUUCGCUACUCCACUCCUUCAACACUCCUACAGCUCUCCCGUCUCUGCCCAGCCCAGUUCCACAAGUCAAGUUCCAAGUGAAGGUUGUGGAUGCCCGGAUCUCCUUCGAGGUGCAGUUCCCGGGACGAUACCCGGAGGACUCGGAUGUCAACGUUCCCUUCAUUUCUGUCAACGGGGAGAACAUAUCCGGAGAUGAACAUCGCCGAUGGCGGGCCUUUGUUCAGGAGAAAUUAGUCGAGGUGCAAGGAAAUGACUAUCCAAUCUACCAGUUGCUAUGCAUGCACUUGCUGCCGAAACUCCACGAAGACGAACAUAGUAUCAAUACAGGACUGUCAGAGAGUAUGGUUAUACUAGAACAGCAGAGCACCAAUCGUCUCCCAGAGACAGCAGACUACCAUGCGCUCCUGACAUCUCAUCAUCUCGUGUCCCCAACAAAACGGCGGUCAUUACAGCGAUGGUCCUCUGACCUUUCGAUAUCUGGCUUCGCUAAAGUCGGCUACCCAGGCAUCAUUUAUGCACAAGGCUCACAGGAAAACGUCGAAGAAUUCGUCGCCAACAUCAAAUCUAUGCAGUGGCUAGCCCUAAGAGUGCGAUUUGUGGAACCUAUAGAUCUUACCAACGAUGAGAAUUACCAGGGUUGGUCCGAGUUCCAGAAGGUUGGAGAAGUCGUGGAAGAAAUGAGAAGACGUGGGAGUGACAAAUAUAUCACAGAGAUGGGUAUCGGAAGCUCAGUCUUGAAAUAA